AUGCGAAAUCAGUUGCCCAGCUCACUUCACAAUGGUAUGAUGAAUUAUUUGAGUGAUCUUGAGUGGAAGCAAGUAUUGGAUAGUUUGCAGCAAGGAUUGUGUUGCUGUGGCGCUAACAAAUAUGCAGAUUGGCUCCACACACCAUGGAUACAUGUUGAUUUUCUGCGUGAAAACUCGCAUACUGUUCUAAGAUACAUGAGAGUGGAUGGUCGUGCUCUACCACCUGUGCUACCAUCGUCAUGCUGCAAUCCGUUUUCUCCCACACCAUGUCUCCAUGAUCCCUUGCAGCAGCAGCGGUCACUUUCUGUGUGGCGUGAUACUCCCCAGACAGCAAUUGACACAGUAUUUGACAAAGGCUGUCUUGAUCUUAUUUUGCAGCCAAUGGUUGAAUUACUUACUGCCAUACCAAUUGUCAAUGGCUGCUGUAUUGCCCUCCAGCUUAUUUCAGGCAUCCUGCUGCGAUACAUUUACACUUCAGCAAGGAACAGUGUUUUAGUUGGAGAUCCAGGUGGUAAAGCUUAUGGAUGGAUAUUUGGCAGAGGAGAUUGCCGUUUUGCCCUAGGGUCAAGUUUACUGGAUAUUGAUAAGAAAAGAGCUGCAAAGCAGAAACCCUCAGGAAACAGUGGUCAAGAAAGUAAGGAGAUUGGUCCAAGACGGCAUGAAUGA